AAUCCCCAAGAGUUCUCACCCACAAGUCCUGCGCUCCUCACUCUUCAAAAGCUCAAUUGAGCUUCAAUUAUUGUCUGCCAACCAUGGCAUCUUUUGCGAACGCUUGCCGGUUAUCGGCCAGACUUACUGCCAGGCAAUUGCGACAAGAUGCCGCCGCGAGAGGUUUUCGAAGUUCUGCGAAAGUGAUGGCUGCUCAGAACUUCACGAUGCCAGCUUUGUCUCCAACUAUGACAGAGGGAAAUAUUGCGAAGUGGAAUGUGAAAGAGGGAGAUUCGUUCUCGGCCGGAGACGUUCUACUGGAGAUUGAGACGGACAAGGCAUCAAUGGAUGUGGAAGCACAGGAUGAUGGAAUAAUGGCAAAAAUAACCCAGGGCGAUGGAACCAAGGGAAUCCAAGUUGGGAGUCGAAUUGCUGUUAUUGCAGAAUCUGGAGAUGAUCUCAGCACUCUAGAAAUACCUGCCGAAGAGAAAGAAGCUGCACCAUCACCGAAGAAAGAAGCUUCCACACCAAAAUCUGAGUCGAGCUCAGAAUCACAAACUGAAGCAACACCUACACCAUCGAGUUCAGCAUCUUCAGAAGCAUCUGCAAAACCUGCCGGAAAGCCCAAGAAGCAGACAUACCCUCUCCUACCUUCUGUCGGACAUUUGAUGAAGGAGCACGGAAUUGAAGAAUCAGCAAUUGAGAAAAUGUCCCCUAGUGGCCCCAAUGGCCGUCUCCUCAAAGGCGAUGUCCUGGCAUACCUAGGCUCAAUCUCCUCAUCCUACCCCGCCGAACUUUCCUCCAAAAUCGAGAAACUCACCCACCUCGACCUCAGCAACAUUAAAGUAGCUGCCUCUGCACCAGCACCAGCACCAAAACCCAAACCAGCCGAAUCAAUUCCGGAACCAGUAAUUCCCCAAGAAUCCGAGAUAGCCGUGCCAAUUUCAAUGCAAGCCGUUCUAGACGUACAGAAGCGGAUACAGAGCACGCUUGGUGUAUUCAUGCCCUUAUCCACAUUCAUAGCUCGCGCCACAGACGUCGCAAACGACAACCUUCCUCGGUCCAAGACUCAAGCUGCCACCGCGGACGAGCUCUUCAACCAAGUUCUCGGUCUGGAUACAGUCACUACUUCGGCCGGAGUCCGAGGGACUUUCCUUCCUCAAAUUACAGCACUACCUUCAGCUGACCCUUCAGCACCGGUCAAGCCUGCGAAGCAAUUGGAUAUCAUUGACAUCCUGUCCAGAAAGACGCGAUCCACGAGCUCGGGACUGGCGAGCAAGCCGUUGCCGGGAUUGAGUAACUCGGUUAAUGUGUUCAGUGUGAAGGUGCCGAAGGGUGAUGAGAAACGAGCACAGGUCUUCCUGGACAGAGUUAAGAGUGUGCUAGAGGCAGAGCCAGGGAGAUUGGUGUUGUAAGGUGUGGACCGGUGGUCUGUAAUAUAGGGAUAUAGAAUGCAAUGGAUGUUAUGAUACUACAC